UCAGUCCACCUGUGUUGUUUGUGCUGGGGGCUUUGUUGGGGGUUAGGUCUUAGUGGCGUAUUGAAACUAAAGCAGUAGUAGUAGCUGGUAUUACUGGUACUACUGCUGCUAUUACUACAACUGCAUCAUGGUUAGCAGUAUUCAACUGAAACUGGUGAGGGCGGCAAAAGGUGGGGACUUGGAGGGGGUACAGACGGCAUUGGAACGUGGGGGGCAGGCUGAUGGAGGCGGGGGUACAGGGAGACAGGCCCUACAUGAGGCGAGUGAGGCAGGACACUUGGAGGUGGUGAAGCUUCUCCUGGACCAUAAGGCGCAAGUCAAUAGCAGAAGCAAAAGACAUGGAGAUGAAGGUGGCACUGCCUUGCACCUGGCGACUGAGGCGGGUGAAGUGGAUAUCAUGAAGGAGUUACUGAAGGCUGGAGCAGACCCCGAGAUCCGCGACGAGAAGGGCAGGACCCCAGCUCUUUGGGCGGCGUAUGGGGGGCAGCAGGAGGCUUUACAAGUACUGGAAGGGCAGAAUAAUGAACUACUAUUCGCCUAUGACUAUGACCAUUCUACUGCCCUGCAUCUUGCUGCUGCCCAUGGAGACCUUAAAGUGGUCAAGUGGCUGGUGAAUCACGGUCUGGACUGUGGGGCACGGGACCACCGCAACAAGACCCCCAAGGAUGUAGCUAAGGAGAGGAAGUGGCAGGAUGUUCACCUGUUCCUCAAGCAGCACCAGUCACCCUCCAAACGGUCUCGGCCAAUCAGUCCGUGGCGAGGCUCAAUGGGCUACCUGUCCACUCGGAGCAAGACAAGUCACACCUCGGAGGAUGAAGUGAGCUCCAAGGAGGCUGCAUCCUCCCUCCAGGACUCUGCCACAGCCUCCCCAAAGACUGCCACAGAGACGUCCUCACUGGAGCCUUCCUCCUUGCCCCCGGUGAGGGUGGAGGAGUGGGGCAGGCAUGCAGAGGCUAGGUAUACAUCACUGGAUCUCAGUGACCUGGGUGUGCAGCGCCUGGAGGAGGAGCCACGGGGGGCACUUGCAGCAGAGCAGAACAGAGGGCGGAGAGAUGACCCAGAGAGAGAGGCAGACAAAGACACAAUAGCUUCCCUCAGAUCACAGCUGGAGGCUCUGCAGGGGGAGGUAGCACGUUUCAGAGAGAGGGACAAAACAACGCAGGAGGAGCUGAGGCAGAAGGAUGAGGAGGGAGAGGCGCUGAAGUUAGCAGAGGCAGAGAUGAAGGCGAAGGUUUCUCAGUUGACGAGGCGGCUGGAGGAGAGACAGAGAGAGGAGAAUGAGAGGAACAGAGCAGAGGUGGUGCCCCCAGGGUCUCCAGUUACCGAGGCCAAGAUCAAAGAGCUGCAGAGACAGAACAAGUAUAAUCAGAAGAUCAUAGAGGACAUGAAUGAUGAGAUUGAUGAACUGUACAAACAAGUGAAGGUGCUGGAGGUGACUGCUGCAGUUGCACAGGCCAAACUCAAGGGAAAGGAGUCCCUACUGGAGGAGAUGGUGGAGGAGGCCAGACAGACAGAAGAGAAGCUGAAGGGGGAGGCUGCAAGACUCUCCAAAAGACUGGAGGAGGAGAGGAAGAAGGUUACAGAGGCUCAGCAAGACUCCCAUUCACUGCAGCAACUUCAGGGGGAGGAGGCUGCCCUCAGGAGAACUAUUGGUUCUCUGCAAGAGCAGUUGAGACUGCAGGAAACAGACAAUAGGCAGCAAGGAGCAGCCCUCAGAAAACAACUGCUGGAGGAGGAGGCAAGCCACCGGCAGGCUGUUGAUGCUCUCAGGAAGCAGCUGAAGGCAGAGGAAGACAGUAACAGAGCAGUGAUUGCUUCCCUGCGCCAGCAGCUGCAGGAUUCCACUGAGGUGCAGGAGCAGGACUCCCACUUGAGGCAGUACAUUGCUUCCCUGAGGCAGCAGCUGCAGGAGGAAGAGACUGCCAACAGAAAGAACGUGGCAGCACUGCGGCAACAACUUCAGGAACAGGAGGUCAACAAGAGAGAGACAGUGGCCUCCCUCAGGCAGCAGCUGCAGGACCAGGAGGACAGCAGCAAGCGGUCUAUUGCCUCCCUCAAACAGCAGCUGCAGGAGGAGGAAGACAUUAACAGGCAGACCAUCACUUCCCUCAGGCAGCAGCUGCAGGAGGCCACAACUCAGCAGGAGCAAGGCACUUACAACAGACAACAGAUCACAGCACUGAGGCAGCAGCUGCUGGAGGAAGGAGCUGCCCACAAGAAGACCAUAGCAAGCCUUAGACAACAGCUGCAGGACCAGGAAGACAACCAUGUGCAAGCCAUCACCACCCUCAAGCAGCAGCUGCAGGAGGCCACAAACAGGCUACAGCAGGAUGCCCUCCACAGACAGCAGAUCUCAUCACUCAAGCAGCAGCUGCAGGAGCAGGAGGAGACCAACAAGCAGACCGUUGCUGUGUUGAAGCAGCAGAUGCAGCGGGAGGAGCACAGCAACAGGCAGACGGUGGCUGAGCUGAGGCAGGAGCUGAGCCGCAUGUCGCUGCGCCACACGGAGGGGGAGCAGAAGUCCAUCACACUGCAGCGUGACCAUGAGGACCUGCUGCGGGAGGCAGAGCACCAGCAGGAGCGCAGCAGGAAGACAAUUGAGGAACUGAACGCCUCCGUAGCUCACCUGACUGCCAGACUCCGGGAGCAGGAGGAGGCGCUCACCUGCUGCAAGGAACAGCUGCAGGAUAAGGACAAGGUGCUGUGGGAGAAGGAGGAGGAGGCGAGGCUGAAGGAGAGCACUUUGAAGGAGGAGGCGGAGAGGACUUCCCGACGCCUGGAGGAGGAGCGCCAGAAAGUUGGGGCUGCCCAGGCACGUGAAUUUGAGACGUCCCGAAAGCUGCAUGAACACGUCAGGGAUCUGGAGAGGAUCAUAGACUCACUCAACGACGAGGUAUCAGAAAAGACCAGCAAGAUUGGGGAGUAUGAGCAGAUGGUGGCCUCAUAUCAGGUGCAGUUGCGCCAUAAGGAGCGUCAGCUGGAGCAGCGGGAGGCGGCAGGGCAGCAGAGCGUGACCACCCUACAGCAGAAGGUGGAUGCCCUGGCUCAGAUGCUGGAGGAGGAGCAGCAGAAGACGGCACAAGGACAGGAACAACUGCAGGAGGCGGAGGAGAAACAUCGGCAGGAGGUAGGGGCUCUCAAGCAGCAGAUGCAGGAGAUGCUGGAGGUGGCAGAGGAGGAGAAACAGGGCCACCUCUCCCUGCAGAAACAGCAGCAGAAGAGGAUCCAGGAGUUACUGGUGCAGGAGCAACACAACAAGACCAUCAUAAAUGAGAGGAACACCAAGAUUAAGGAGUUUGAACAGACCUUUUCUUCGUACGAGGUGCAGCUGCAGAACUCCCGAAAGCAGAUUGAGCAGCACGAGGCAAACAAGCAGCAGACAAUCGCAGCACUGAGCUCAGAAGUCGUGCGUUUGUCUCAGAAGAUGGAGGAGGAGAAACGGAAGGCUGCUACUGCUCAGAAUAGAACAACACAUCUCAUAGAACAGGACAGAGUGAACAAGCUAAACAUUACGGAUCUGUCUAACAAGCUGAGGGACUACGAGAGGACCAUUGCUGCAUUUCAGCGAGAGAAAGAGCAAAUUCAAGAGGAAGUAGCCAAGUGGAACCGUUCGAAUGAGUCCCAGCAGCUCGUCUCCACCGAGCAGGAGCUUCUGAAGGAAAUGCAGGCAAAGCUGGAGGCAGAGAGGCAGGAACGGGCAAGGGAACAGGAAGCGAACAAGCAGAGGAUGGCAGCCCUGGAGGAUGCCGUUGCUCGCUCUUCCCGCCAAGCCUCCACCCACACGCCAAGGUCAAGGUCACGCUCAAGGGCUGAGACUCCUUCAAGGGUUACACUAAUGCCUACUGGUCUUCCUAACCUGGGUAACACUUGCUAUAUCAACUCAGUGGUGCAGUGUCUCUUCAGCAUCACCAUUCUGAGGGACUACUUCACCUCCGAUGCCUUCAGGCGAGAUCUGUACAGGGGGAGUGAGCUGCAGGGGGAGGUGGCAGCAGCUCUGUGUGGGGUGUUCAAGGGCCUGGAGGAAGGACAUGGUGAGAGGGACGUAAGGACAAGGAUUAAACACUUGAAGGAGGUGGCUGGUGUGUGUAGUGAGGAGUUCCGUGGCUCCCAGCAGAGAAAUGCCCAUGAUUUCCUCUCCUCCCUCCUCAACUGGCUACAUGAGGACCUGACGCGGCCCUCAGGUUCCUCUGUGGUGACCAAGAACUUUGCAGGGUCAGUACGCGAGGUGGUGCGCUGUGACAGAAGUGGCGAGGAGGUGAAGAGGAGCUCCAGGACCUUCACCACUCUUAGCAUUCCUGUACCACGGGGCAAGGCAUUCAAUCUUCAGGAUCUACUGGAGAGUCACUUCCGGCCACACAACGAGGAGUGGGAGUGUCCCCAUUGCCGAAGGACCCAUGUCUGCCGCCAACACACCCGCCUCACUCACCUGCCGCCCCUCCUCAUCAUCCACCUCAGCAGGGUCAGUAGUCCACGUGAAAGCCAGGCCAAGAAAGCACGUGUCUCCUUCCCGCUAGAGGGCCUCACGCUGCAGGAUUACAUGGAUCACAGAGACCGCAGCCCCAUGUACGAGCUGUUUGGAUUAGUGAGUCACCAGGGGACGAUGAGCGCCGGCCACUACACGGCCCUCUGCAGGAGUCCCCCAGAACCCACGUGGCGCUUGUACGACGACGACCAAGUGAGCGAAGUGCCGCAGAGAAGAGUCCAGGCAGAGGCCGAUGUGCACGUUCUGUUUUACUCCCUCCUGAAAACCUGAAGUGUUGAAGGUGACUCUCUAGUUAGAGCGUAGCUGCUUUGUUUACUUUUUAAGACUGAUGAUCUUUCUCUACCUCUUCUUUCUUUUUUUUGUUAGAAUGACUAUUGUAGUUACUUUGCUUACUUUUUAGAUUUUUUUUUAUACCUUUGUAGGCAGGUAAACAUUUGGAGGUCAAGGGAAGAAACGUUGGCCCACAGAAAACGUUAGUGUGUAAGGAUGUGAGAGUUGUAAUGGUUGUUUGCUUUAUUUACUGUUAACUAAUUUUCUACGCAGUGUUGAGAGGAAAACUGUACGCUGCGGGAAACGUUGCGAUUUAAAAGGUGUCUUCUGUUUAUAGUUACUGUGCGAGAAUGUGAGUAUUGAGAUGAUUAUUAACUGCAUUUCCUUUUUUUAGCUUUUUACGUAAACCCAAAAUGGUCUCAACGUCGAGGGAUAAACUACCGCACAGAAAACGUAAUGCAAGUGUAAUGAGUGAGAAUCUAUAGUUAAGGUGACCAUUUUCUAUAAUUUACUCUUUAUAACUACACAAACGCGCACCGGUAAAUGUUUGAAGAUCAGGAGAAAACGUUGCGCCACAGAAAACGAUGCGCCACAGAUGAAUCCCCCUGAUUUCAUGCGCGUGCUGUGGCUUCAAUAAAAUAUGUAACUG